UCAAGGGAUUGUGCGUUCCGCCUCUCGCUUUUGCCAUGGAUUUUGAUUUCUCUCUCGAGGUUUUCUCUUCUAUUGUCGAGCUGGGAGCAGUCUUUACUUUUUCUAUGGAGAGAUGGGAGCAUUGUCUCCGUGCCUGCAAUUUUUUGUACCCAGAUCAAUUUUAUUGUUUGGCGUAUUGCGAAUUUGCGAUGUUCUAAGAUUUGGGACUCGGUUGCAGUUCAUGGUGAUAAGUUUCGCAUCCAGAGCGAGCGUUGUGCAAAUAAGUUACAUACACUCUUUUCUUCAUGCCAAUGCCAAGAUUAUUCUGUGGACUGUGAUUACAGUAGUGACAUUAUCUUUUUUCAAGGGCUCUGCAUUUCGGAACACUUGAUAGUUAUGGACCGCCCGAGUUUGCUGCGGAGGCAUGAUCAGGAGGUUGUGAGGCCGAUCUCAAACAAAGGUUCGCCUGAAGCUCAUGAGGAAGAAAUGAUUCGAGCUGCUGUAAUAAACCGCUCGGCCCUUGCCACACUUCAACCAAGGAGCGCUUCCACAUUUGAUAUCACUCUUCCAGAAUAUCCUGAUAAGAAGUUUGUCCCAAAUUUUCCACUCGUUAUGAGAGAUGAGCUAACGGAGGAUAAUGACAUGACCCUGAACCCAGGAGGAGUCAGAGAAAAGGCUUGGAGAGACAGUUGUCUGACAGAUCUCCCGAGCAUACAUCUACGCAGGUUAAAUGGGUGCGACUUAUUGGAGCUCUGUAAGGAUGUACUUGCUGGGUUAACUCAUCAAAUGACAGAAAGAAGAGCUGCAAAUAUCAUGUUGUUAGCAUGGAACAUGAGACAAUUUGAUAUGGUGUCUCAUGUAUUUCCUGUUAAAAACCCGUGUGCAGCUUCGGCUGACAUAGACAUGAAUACUUUGACAACAAGACCGUUUGGGGGAAAUCAUACUUAUACAGACCCAUAUGUCAGGCCAGAGGGCAUUGAAGAUGAUCAGUAUGUUGCUGCAUGUGCAUACAUAUCGGCCAGUACACUCCGCUUGUUCAGUAAGUCACCUGAGAACUACUCCCUCCGUCCGGAAAUACUUGUCGGAGAAAUGGAUGUAUCUAGAUGUAUUUUAGUUCUAGAUACAUCAAUUUUUAUCCAUUUCUUCGACAAGUAUUUCUGGACGGAGGGAGUACAUGAAUGCAGUUGCUAAGCACAUUCCACGUAUGUUCUACAGAUUUUAUAACAUUGACUUUCCGCUUACCGGGUUUAAGCCAGAUAAGAAAUGCAUUGAGGCCCUAAAACUUAUAUAUGAGACAAAGUCGGCCUACAGGAACACCUUGGCCCCUUUCUUGUAUGAGUUCAAAGGCCUCGGCGAUGCAAAGGGAAUGUGUCAGAUGCUUUAUGAGCAGGACUUGGCUUAUACAGGCUACAUGUUGUAAACUUAUACCUGCGUGCUUGUUUUGGACUACAUGCAUCACUCAUUCAGCUAGGAGCAUGCCUUUGGCAUCAGAUGACGAAGAACACUCUCAUUUCACUGUGCAGAGUCUGCAGAACCUAUGUUGUCAAUCCAUCUGUGGAGAAUUCAAGAGAGACAUGGAAAUAUGCACGAUUAUAUGGCACCGAGUAUUUUCCUCUUCUUAAAUCCGACAAGUGUAAUCUUCUUCUAUGUUGCCUGGCCAUUAUUUGCAAGAAGCUUGGAAUAAGUGAAAAUCAAGAUAUGAUGGUAAUUGCACGGACGAGGAAGGCUGACUUUAUAUGGAAAAACUCCAACGUUUGGGCAAACAGGGCAGUGCUCUGGUUUAAGGCAAAUGCUUCACCACACCAUGGCCGAUCACAGGAAGUAUCUGCAAGGGUUUGGGAUGAUGCACCGUCAAAGAAAAGGAUGAGGGAUGAUGGGACCCAAGAUACCAGAGUCACAAAAUCCACUCGUCGGAGUCUUCAUUGAGCCAUUCGCAGUUGGCGAGUGACCCUAAACCUCGUCCAGACAAUGGUUGCGCACAAUCGUAGAUUUUGGGAAAUUAUCCUGUGUUUCUUGGAACUGCAAACCAUUAAUUUAUAGCGCACAAUGGUGGGCCUGACUUGAUGGUAACUUAUCCUGAAUGUUUUUCAAUUAUUAGUUCUA